GAUAGGCAGAAGGAGGGAUACAGACAACCGAUAUAGAAUCGUACAGAGAACAACGGAUGUAAAGCAAGGCUACAGACGGAGAUAGAGAUAAGGUCGGGAUAUAAAUGCUCACUCCACUGGCUGGUGAAUAAUAACUGCAGCGAGCGACUCGAGGAUACGGAGAAAGGGGGAAACAACAGAGAGAAGAUGGAUGUACAAACGGAAAACAUGGACCCCCCCCCACCUUGUGAAUCCCAGUCGAGUGGAAAAAUCAGAAAAGGAUUCAAGCUCUUUGGCAAACGCAAGCCAGGUAACAUCUUUUCUAUUCGAAGCAAGGGGGAUGGAAACAACAAGUCACCUGUUAGCAGGAGCAAAACCAUAGAUGGAUUAUCGGAGACCGCUGCACAAGAUUCAGAGCAGGAGUCAGACAGGGAAAAGGGACAGGAGGAGAGUCAAGGAGAGAGGGAGCAGGCAGACGAGGAGCCGCUUGGUGAAGAUGGCGUUCUGGCUGCAGCCCCUGGUCGCGCCUCCAUUUCUUCAGUUAGCUCAGCCAGGUCCCUCAGCUUCCUGUCGUUGCUGAGGGGUGGCCGUAGAGAAGUGGGGGACCGCAGAGUCCACACCGUGUCCCAGCCAGCGGGUCGGCACCGUCGUGGGCUGAAGGGUCUAUUUAACAAUGUUAAGUUCCGAUCGAAAGAUAAAGAGGAGAAGGAGGAAGCUCCUCCGAGCCCACUUCUCAUGUUGUCCCGCGCAAACAGUGUGGAAAUCAUCAAAGAGGACCUCCCUCUCACCCCCAAAUGCCAGCCUCGCUUUCUGGUCAGCCCCAAGACUGAGAGCUAUGAGCCUGACAAGAGCUUAUCAACAGAAGACAGUACAGCCACGUCCCCCUCAGAGAUCAUAACUUCCAAGGUGACGACAGGCAAUGUGAGUAGAACAAAUGAGCAUGUGCCGCCUUUACCCACUUCUGAACCACCCUUGGUACCCGGUGAUAACAGCCUGAGCUGCUUGCUUGCAGACAUCUCCUCUCUCCUGACCUUUGACUCAAUAUCAGGGGGUGGAGACAUCAUGGCUGAUGUUGAGGCAGAGUGGGGAAGAGCCAGCAGUCCCAUCGGUGCUGCGGUAACUGAAGUCACGCCAUCAUUCACCUCUCUCUUCUCUAAACCCACCAUCCCAUGUCCACUGACCUCUGUCAGCACUGCUGCUCCGACAAAACCCUGUCCUGUAGCCACCCCUACAAAAGCUUCCACCCAAUCCUUUACUCCUCUGGCAAAGACAACAACAAGCUCUUCUCCCAUUUCUAAGCCGAGCUCCAUCAUCACGACGUUGACCAAAUCUUCCACUUUGACUACUAACUCAAUCAAAUUGAGCUUGGACUCUACUUCAGCCUCCGAGCCCUCUACUAGUAUUCAAAUUAAAUCAACUCCUACGCCCAUCACAACAAAACCCUUAACUAUCCCUGUAACGUUAACAAGCCUUUCGGCUCCAAUAAUGUCUCCCCCUUCAAUGACAAUUAAAUCCACACUGAGCUCCACCUCUACUACUACCACAGCUCCUCCGAACACUAUAGCCAAGGCUCCCUCAAUUAGUCCACCUCUUACCUGUACGGCUGGCAAAUUGGCUUCACAGAUUGCAGCACCUCCUCAAAUCAUUGCUUCAGUAAGCAAAUCUAUCCCUGUAGCUACUCCAACUCCUGCAUCAGCUAAACCUCUACCAGUAACCCAUAGCCCCCCCACCCCUGUUACUUUUACCCAACCUCCACCUGCUAAAUUAGAUUUGGCUAGCAGUUUGAACCUGCAAACUUUCACUUCCUACAAACCCUUCCUAAGUUCAGCUGCAGGAGAAUCUAAAGCCCCAGUGAUAAUAUCACCGGCCUGUGCUGUUACUACUAAACCGUCCUCUGCCGCACCCGUUAUUUCUUCCAAGAUGACAACAGUUCCCACAUCAACUACGACCUCGAGCUCAGCAUCUGCGACCCUUUCCAAACCUACACUCACCUCUAGCCCAAUGGACUUAAAUAAGACCCCUCCCCUUGCAAGUGUUCCAUAUAUUUAUCCUUUCUCUACCCCGACUGCUACAACUAGAACCCAACCCAGCCCUGCAUCUGUUCCAACUCCAUCUUCAACUUUUUCCGAUAAGAUUCCUUCCAUGACCAAACCCACUUAUGCACCACUCUCUUUAGAUAAGACGCCCCCUGCUCCCACAUCGACCCCAACCCCAAUCCUUACCACUCAUGCUGUUUUUACAGCAUCUCCAACACCUCCUCCUCCAGGUCAGAUCCCAUUCUCUCAAUCUAAAGCCCCUCCUGCUACUGCUCAAAUCCCAAUUUCUGUACCUAAAGAUCCACCUACUCCUGCUCCAAUGCAGGUCUCUCAAUCUAAAGCCCCUCCUGCUACUGCUCAAAUCCCAAUUUCUGUACCUAAAGAUCCACUUACUCCUGCUCCAAUGGUCUCUCAAUCUAAAGCCCCUCCUGCUACUGCUCAAAUCUCAAUUUCUGUACCUAAAGAUCCACCUACUCCUGCUCCAAUGCAGGUCUCUCAAUUUAAAGCCCCUCCUGCUUCUGCUCAAAUCCCAAUUUCUGUACCUAAAGAUCCACUUACUCCUGCUCCAAUGCAGGUCUCUCAAUCUAAAUACCCUCCUGCUUCUGCUCAAAUCCCAAUUUCUGUACCUAAUGAUCCACUUACUCCUGCUCCAAUGCAGGUCUCUCAAUCUAAAUACCCUCCUGCUUCUGCUCAAAUCCCAAUUGCUGUACCUAAAGAUCCACUUACUCCUGCUCCAAUGCAGGUCUCUCAAUCUAAAGCCCCUCCUGCUUCUGCUCAAAUACCCAUGUCUGUGCCUAAAGAUCCAUCUACUCCUGCUCAGAUCCUGGUGUCUGUAUCUAAACCCCCUUCUGCCCCUGCUCAGAUCCCAAUUCCUAUGUCUAAAGAUAUGCCUGCUCCAGCUCACAUUCCAGUUUCCCAAUCUAGAGCCCCUCCUGCUCCUUUUCAGAUCCCAGUUUCUGUAUCUAAAGAACCUCCUGCCCCUGCUCGAGUUCCAGUUUCUGUAUCUAUUGACCUUCCUGACCAUGUUCGAAUCCCAGUCUCUGUAUCUAUACACCCUCCUGCUCAAAUCCCAGUUUCUCAACCUAAAGCUCCUUCGGCACCAACCCCUGCCCCUUGCCCUGUAACUUCUCAUCCUUUUACCCCUACAUCUUGGCCGAGUGAGUCCCCAGCCACUGCUAAGAUGAGAGGAAGUGGACAGGCAUCAAUCGAUGGCAAACUGACUAGUCCAAGUAGCACAGGUGCACAGACCUUGCUGUCCAAAACAGAAGAACUCCAGGGCCCCUCCAGAGAAAGGAGGAUACCUCAAUUAAAGGCAUCAGCACUUAGCAAAAUACCUGUAGUUGGAGGGGGCAGAGGAGGCAAGCUACCUGUCCGGGACAGUCAACAUGCUGAUGGUGAAUCAAGCAGGGACCCACCUACUACUCCUGUGCUCGAAGAAGAGAGGCCACAUUUGAUCAAAUCACAUGAUGCAGGGAGCAAAGAUAAAAUCAGUGAUGUUCAUUCUAAUUUGCUCACCUCAAAAUACACCCAGGAGGAGAGUCAGCAGCUUCCCCAGCCAAAAGUCCUCACCAGUUUACCGCGUGACUCAAAGAUCCCUGUGAAGCAUGGGGCACAGUCCCACAAUGCCUCACAGAUCCCUCAAGCUAAAGAACCCUCUCGCACCAAGAUACCGGUGUCCAAGGUUCCUGUCCGCAGGGCUGGCAAUAAACCUGCAGCUGGAGGUGGCAGCACCCAGAUAAGAAAAUAACAAUGGACUGAAUCAAUCAUCGAUACACAUUAUGGCUUUGACUGCAACUUUCCCCCCCCAGUACAACUACACAACUGCCCUUUUUUUCAAAUUUCUAUGCUGUAAUUCUUGGCUUCACUAUGCCAUAAGCGACAGUAGCAGAGUCAAGAGGCUGACAGCAUGCAAGCACAAAACAUCGCCACAAGAAGCCGAAGCAACAAUCAUGGCUCUUUGGUGCUGAGCCAACUGGACAUGCACUCAGGAAAGGUUCAGGGUCGCACCUGAACACACAGCAGCAUCGGUAACUAAGGAUAAGCAAGAUAAAAGGUCUUCUAGGAACACAGUCACAACAUGGGCGAGUGCCUUUUUAAGGGUGCUUUUUCCGACAGACUCUGAGAAUUAAUCUUUUCUACAGUACUUUUAACUUUUGUUACUCCCACUUUUUGUAGGAACCGUCAAAUUUUUGUCUUUCUUUCCAGCAAGUCUCUUUGAUAAUAACCAGUCCCUUUACCUUUUAUUUACGUCAGGAGAAGAACAGCAGGAGCUCUAUCAAUGAAUGCAACAACCAAAUUUACAUUCCACACCUAUCUCUGGAUGUAUGUAGCAGAAAACGUGCCAUUAUUUUUGCACUUGAUGUUGAAAUGUACAUCGCCUGUGUCACCUGCUCAUAUGUAACAUGAUCAGAUCUCACUGUGAACUAUGGGAGAGACAGUGGACAGCAGCCAUUAUGAUUGGCACUGUGGACGUUUGAGCGAGACAGAGAAGAUGCUGAGAUGAGAUCUCUCGUACACUAGCACUGGUCCUUAUCCUUAUCCCACUUAUACUCAGAUGAGAACAAUAUCUGUGUUUAUAGUCUCAUCUAUGUUGUUCUGUUUCCUAUUUAAUCAAUAAAACAAUAUGAGUACUUCGCAAGAUGA